AUGUAAUAAUUAAAUAUAAAUCUAAAAAGUACUACUUACUAAAACUUGCAAAGAAUAAAGUCUCUUGAUUUACUUAGCCCUGUAUCACAAAGAGUUUUGGAAUAGGUUCGCAUUUAAGAAUUUAAAAAUAUAAGAUUACCAAAAUAAAAAUGUAACUCAUAAUUAAGAGAAGUUUUACAUUUGGAUGUCAAUAAAAAACCAAAUAUAACUCAUUUACCAAGCUUAAAUUAAAUUCCUAAUUAAGAUCAACAUAAUAUUAAUAAGAUAUCUAAAAUAAAAAUAAAAAUUGUACCCAAAGAAGAAAAUGAGUCUAAACUAAGUUUCUAGAAAUUUAAAUUUAAUGAUCGAAAUACUCUAAGGCCGAAAUAAGUAUUUAUCAAAAAAAAAGAAAUUGAUAAUCAGUAAAAGAGAAGUCAAAGCUUCAAUAAUAAAACACAUACAAAUAAAGUUUAAUAUUAGUUUAUGGAAUAAUUAAAAAAUCUCUCCUCAACAAUCUUAUAUCAUCUAUCUUAAUAAACAAAUUAAUUAGAUCGUUAAUUUGAUCAAUUAGAAAAUUAAUUAUCUUUUUGA